AUGCAGAGUUACGCAGCUAAAUACAUCGAGCUAUCUCGCUUUGCGCCAUGUAUGAUUUUGAUUGAGUACGAAAAGGCUCAAAGUUUCGAGAAAGGUCUGAGGAAAGACAUUCGUAGAUUGAUAGGAAUGUUGCAAAUUCGGGAGUUUUCUGUUCUAGUGGAGAAAUCUGCUGUAGUUGAGGCUGGUCUCUGGGAGAAUGAGGUGGCACAGGAUCAGAAGAAAAGGUCGAUAUCUUCUGGUUCUCAGACUGGUCCGCAGGGGGAUCCAUCUCGUGUGGGUUGUGCCAAGUUUCGCAAGCAGCAUGAUGGGGAGUGCCAGCCAUUCAUGGGUAACUGUUACCGCUAUGGCAAACCGAGCCAUGCAUCCAGAAACUGUCCUACACUGAUGACUAGUACUGCAGCACCAAGUCAGAACCAGGGACAGAACCAGGUGCCACGCACAGCUCAGGAAGAUGUUAGAGAACUGCCUAGUGGUAAUUCAGGGAAAGUUGCUGCCGGGAAUCUGGAAAGUGGUGGUGUUCAGACCUCCUGA